GUCAGCCUUCAAAAGUGAUCAUCUUUUGGUUUCCAGAUAGCAGAGCAGCUGGAGGAGAGCAGAGAGCUCACGACUGAGUUGACCAACUCGACAAUGGCAAACAACAAAUUCUUUAUUGUCCUAGUUUUUCUGUUCAACCUGGCUGUGGCACACAUGGAAGCCCCUGUGUCUUGCUACAGGAUCGAACCGGGGACGAUCGCAGGCAUCGUCUGUGCAGAUGUGCUGCUGACCCUGGUCAUUGUCAUUGUCACCUACCAGUGUGCCAGCUAUCGGCAUAAGAAGAUGGACAAGUCUGAAAAAUUGUACACGAAUGUCCGAGCCAACUGCAAGCGCUAAACUAAUCCGAAGGUGGUGCAGUACAUUAAAAGAUGAUGUUCCCUUUUUUUUAAAUCCUGUUUAAAAAAUAUGUACAUAUAUUAAAAAAAUAUUGAUGUUUUGCAAUAAACACAAGAUGAGUGUCUUGCGCAUGUUACAAUUCAUAAACCUUGUGAAUAAAAUAUCUCUAUGUGGUAUCCAAUUGUAGGAAAUGUUGGCAACUCAACAACACGACACAGCUCCCUCUGUAGUUGACUUUUGGAAACACUCGACUAAAUCCUGUUUAAGGCCUGAAGUUUACAUGUCAAUAUUUCAGCUGCAGUGAUUUCAAAAAAUAAAAGACUAACCUUGUGAUUUCAAAUAGAUGUUUUACAAUGUAGCACCUGCCAAACCACUGACUUAAUGAUGUAUUAAAAUAAAUAAAAGCUUCAA